AUGGGCAACUGUGCAGCUCCUCAGAUCGCAAGAAAUGGUGGUCUUGCCAUGACCGCCCAUCACCAUAACUGGUCAGCAUCAUCUCCUCCAGCCACGCUCAAGCUCAUUCACAUGGAUGGAAGGCUGGAAGAGUUCACUCAAACCAUCAAGGCCUCCCACCUCCUCUCCCGAAACCCUAACUGCUUCUUAUGUAGCUCAGAGUCCAUGUUCAUCGAUUCCGCAGUCCCUCAGAUUCAUGGAGAAGAAGACCUCUGUUUGGGCCAACUCUAUUUCCUCUUGCCUCUCUCCAUGUCCCGAGCCCCGCUCUCUCUCCGAGAGCUCUGCUUGCUCGCCGUCAAGGCCAGCGCCGUGCUCAAAAUCGGCUCGAGUUUGAGGAGAGGGAAGGAUGGAGUUUCGUCAGUGGCAACUCAUCGGAGACGGUGUCAUGGUCCAACCGGGAAUGAUACCACGAGAUUGGAAUUGGGUCAGAGCAGCCGAAGGAUUGAGUUGUGA